AUGCUAAGGCACCCGCACAGCGAAGGGUUUACCUAUGCAGCUGCAGUGGAAGUGAAGGCACUCGAUGCAAAGGGCACAUUUAAGGAAGUUGACAGGCCUGCUGAUAGAGGACUUGAAGUUAUACCGCUUACCUGGGUUUUCACGUAUAAAUUCGAUGGCGAUGGGUUCCUGGUCAAGUACAAAGCCAGAAUCUGCGUUCGUGGAGAUCUACAGAAAGUCACGAAUGAUGAAAAAUAUUCAGCUACCCUGGCCGUCAGAACAGCUCGAUUACUCUUCGCUCUCGCAGCCCAAUUCAAUCUCGAUUCGCGCCAAUAUGAUGCUGUCAACGCCUUCCUUAACGCCUUGCUAAAGGAGGAUGUGUACGUCGAACUACCCCCUGGCAUGUUCACGAAGGGCAGAAGGUGCUGGAAGCUCCUGAGGGCUCUAUAUGGCCUACGAAGAUCCCCAAGGCUUUGGCAGGAAGAGGCUACACGAGUACUGCUAUCGCUGGGCUUCAAAGUGGUGCAGGAAGACAUUUGCCUGUUCGUCAAGGGUGACAUUCUCCUUAUCUUCUACGUUGAUGAUAUUCUCAUUUUCAACCCACCUGUUGCAAGAAAGGAAGCCGAUGAUAUUGGAAGGGAACUUGGCAAGGCUUGGGAGUUGCGAGAAAUAGGCGAAGCGCAGUGGUUCCUAGGGAUUCGCAUUAUCAGAGACCGUUCCAAAGGGCUUUUAUGGCUAUGUCAGGAUGCCUAUAUCUCCGCAAUGGCGAACCGCUAUCAUUUAGCCCAACAUCGCCGACUCGAAAUCCUCCCACAAUCGAUCAUGAAUUUGAAGCCUUUCAACGGCACUGCUUCACCAAGUCAUCAUCACGAAUUUAUGAGCAAGGUUGGAUCAGCUCAGUUCCCCACGAUUAUCACACGGCCAGAUGCAGCUAAAGCAACCUCAUACCUGGCUCAAUUCCUGUCAAAUCCUGGCCCUGAGCACCUGCAUGCGAUCGAUCAAGUGAUAGUCUAUCUGAAUACAACCAGAAACAUGGCAAUCUGCUACCGAAAGCAGACGAUUCCACCGUCGGUGCAGUUCAUGAGUGACGCGUCAUACGGGGAUAACCACGAUCGAAAGAGCUCUGCGGGAUAUAUCUGCAUGAUCUUUGGCGGGCCGGUUGAUUGGAAGGCUUCAAAACAGAAGACUGUCACCACUAGCACGACCGAAGCCGAAUUACUCGCCUUGUCAGAAGCUGGAAAGUCGUUGUCAAUGUGGAAGAGACUUUUCGACACUAUUCGUUUCGAUCCUGGUCACCCUAUCGUCCUUCUAUGCGAUAACCAGCAAACCAUCUCCUUAUUAACUAAGGAAUCACCUCAACUCCGCACCAAGCUGCGACAUGUGGACAUCCAUCACCACUGGCUUCGUCAAGAAGUACAAGCAGGAAGGAUUUCAAUCGAAUGGAUGAAGACAUCUGAUAUGAUUGCAGAUGGGCUCACGAAGAUCCUUCCUCGCCAAAAGCACCUAGAGUUCCUUCGAAUGCUAGGCAUGGAGGAUAUUGGCCACCUGCUGAAGGGUUUGGAGGAUGGUGAUCAAUGA